AUUUUGCAUGACUCAGCUAUUUUAACCAGAGUACAGAAAACCAUAGGAAAGCUACGAUUAAGGAAUAAAGUAAAACAUAUUCUAUGCCUGAAUUUAUCGGGAUGAGCGCUGAGGAAAAGGCUGUAAAAGAACUUUUGGAAUUGGACGAAAAUUCAGAUUUUUCUGCAUUGGAAGAAGCUUUAGACAAUCUGGACAACUUUGCGACAAAAGUUGAAGAAAAAGUUGAUUCUCUGCUCCAGGAUUUAAAGUCAACACUAGAAGAGACACAAGCUGCAAAAGCUGAGCUGUCUACUAAAUAAAUAUGCUGCUUAAAUUAUUAAACCAAGUGGAAAAACCAAAGUUUAUUGUCAUAUCUGAUUCCCUUGAUGUUACAGGGACCACAUUGUUUCAAUCUUUUGUCACAACUCGAUGUAAAAAGACUGUGGUUCAUGUUUUUCUUUUUGAAACUCAUCCAAAAGAUUUCUUAACUUCUUUAAAAUCAACCAAUCAUGAAAAUAUUAUUAUAUAUGAUUUUUAUACUGACCCUUUAAAUUGGGACGAUGGAGAAAAUACAAUUUCAAAAAGUUUCGUAUUUUCAAAAACCAUUGAAAACCAUGCAUGUCAUACUGAUCAAUUCAUUGUGGCCAUUGAUGGUGUUGGAAUGUAUUUAAACAACCAUCCUGCAAAUCAAUUAUACCAAGAUCUGCAGCGUUUAAAGCAAAACCCUCAACUUGAACAAUGUAUUUUGCUAAUCCACUCGGACGAAAUUAACCAAGGGGUGAAAAAAUCAAUUGAACAUUUAUCCAACGCAGUUUUAAACUUGAGUAAUGAAGAACUCGAAGUGGAAAGGGACCAAGACAAGACAGCGCUUGUGAGACAUCCUCGUAACAACGUGAUGGUGUGUAAAACAAUAUUCAAAAAACCAAAUGGAAAAAUGCUUCAAUUUUAUGAAGAAAUUAAAAUUGCUUCUGAUUUUCAAGUAUCUGCAAUGAAAUGGUCGCUCCCCAAUCAUAAUGAACCUUGUGAACCUAUACCACCACCUAGUGACGAACCAAGUGUGGUUUCAGACCUCUCGUUUAACCUGAAACUUUCAAACGACGAGAAAAAGCAGCGUGGGAAGCUGGUAAUGCCGUACACACAAGCCAAACUUGCUGUUAAGAUGGAAGAAAAAACAAGUGGAGAAAUUAUUUACGAGCUGGAUGACGUAGAUGAUUAUGAUGAAGAGGACCCUGAUGAUGAUCUCGAUUUUUAAAAUCAUGCAUCAAUUUUGGUGUUUUCUUGGGUUUUCCUGUGGUUGAGGUCCUACAGUGAUGCAUGCCAGGGAUUUAGGUCAGAUUUGGCUUAUUUACCCCAUGUUUCUUAUAUAGGUUAUCUUCAAAGAAUCAAUAUUAUAUUGCUGUACCCGCUAUGUUGUAAGAACUUUUGUUUCCAGAAAUAGUUUGGAAUUAACACUGUGGUCUGGAUUUUCAAUCAGUUAAUGUAAACUUUUUAAGGAGCUGUUACUUCUACAUGAAACAGCUGCACUUCGGCUACAACAUAAAAACUGCAAGUUUACAACAAAUUCUAAACAUUUAAUAAUU